AGAAAGCUCAACUGAAACGGAGGAAGAUGCCUCAUAUGUUACGUUAAGAGGAACAUAAAGGCUUCCUAAUCGCACACUGAGACGGUAGGAGGGCGAUCAACACAACAUCAUUGUCCCUUUAACACAAUCAUCGGCUGAGAAGCGAGGCUUUUGAAUUGUCAAACAUAGAAUUUGCCGAGAGAUCAGACCCGUUCGGCCCGUCUAGUGAGUUUUUUCCCUGCUGUUGAGACCGUAAUCAUUUGCUACACGAUAUUGUCUCAGGUGUAUCUCAAAGGUUCUUUUCCCUUUCACCGAAGCUAGAUAUAGAGCGUCCAUUAUUGGGGGAUUUUUAUGCCCAUCGCUCGCAUGAAGAAAGUUCGUACAGAAAAGGACCCAAUUCCAGACGUAGUUGUAAAAAUCGUGGGGAGCAAAUAUGUGAGAUACAUAGCGGACAAAUCAACCUGCUCUCUGGAUGAAAAUGAAGCAGACGUAGAUAUCAUUGCCCAAACAUCAAAGGAAUUCAGUGGAUUGCAUGGCGUUGAGUCCUUAACAAAAAGCUUAGUGCAGAAGGAUCAGUCCGGAUGUGGUUUGCUGCCAUCUGAAAAGUUUCAAGCUGUUUGUGGAUCUUACGGAGUCGCAAUUUCCGCCGCCCUCCUGAAAGCCAUUCUUAAUGACAAAAAUUACAGUGAAAGAGGAAAAAUUCGGUGGAAAGCGUUCAUUGACUUGCUGAAGAAGGUUAAGAAUGAAGACCAUGUUCCAGGCAGACGGGAUUCAACAGAUGGCGGUUCAGAGACAAGCGAGGGGCCGCAAAUUAUUCAACAUGAUAACCUGGAUGAACAGCCCGAGGAACGUUCUUUCUUGACGAGCAGAUGUCUAAAUCCAAACGUCAGACCGUUUUCCCAGCCUGCUUUACAUCUCGGCGAAGAUCGGAAUUCCGAUGACCGGGAGCCCUGGAUAGAUCGCUUCAAGAAACUAGAAAAUGCUCUUCAGCUCUGUGAAAUCCAAAACAGCGGACUGGUGGAACUGGAGAGAGCAAAGAGACUUAUUCACAACUACAACCUCAUCUACCGCUUAAGUCUGAGCGCCGAGAAAAUUGAGGAAGCUCUUCAGAAGUGUCACUCGGGACAGGGAGUUCUCCUGGAGCCUGCGCUACUGUAUCUGAAGGAGCUAUAA